AUGCACUAUGACUUCUUCUUGACAAACAUAAAGAAUCUUACUGAAAUAAAGAUGUAUGAUUUAACAGAAUAUGAAGGCUUAACGAUGUCAGAUGUAAAGAAAGGCAAACCAAAAAAGAGACCAUAUAGAGAUGAAAGCACACUGACAAAUGACCAGAAAGCCAUUUUGGAAGCUCUUAAGCAAACAGGAAACCCAGCACUUAUAGAAAGCUUUUGGAAAGAUAAUGGUGAAAAGAAGUUUUAUAAGAAGAGAAGCGGUCAGUUCUGGAAGUAUCUUUGCACAUUACCUAUAAAUCUUGAACGCUACCAAAUCUUCAAUGAACUGAACAAAAGAACUGCAGCACUUAUGACAGAAGACAAUUGUUUCGUUUAUGCUUGCAUUCAGGCUGGAGUAAAUGAAGAAACUAUUGACCACAUGAGAGAAGUCAUUCGUGUUAGAGACUUUCCUCAAAGUAAAGUACAAGAAAUUUCUGACGCAGCAGGUAUAGCAUUUAAUGUUACCAUUGGUUAUUUCAAUGACUCCAAAGAUAACAGAAUAAUUCACUACAUACCAAAAGAAUGUGAAACUGCUCGAACUAUUGACUUACUUCUUGUUGAAGACCACUACAUGCUAAAUGAAAGAUUACCAAUGACAACAUACUUCAUCAGAAAUUACAGAGAAAUCUUGAAGGAGUGUGGUGGAAUGAACAUUGAGAAACAGAUGAAGAUUUAUACAAAGAGAGAGAACAAAUAUGUUGUUCGUAAUGAUAGAACUACACCUCUAUGGGAUGUUAUGAAAACAUUGUGGGAGUGCAAAUAUUUCGAACCUAUUUCUUAUAUAACAGAACCUUGCACCAUUUAA